UGACGUUCCGCUGCCCGCCUGCGCGCCAUCGUUCGAUUGUGUGGGGCUCCCGCAUCCCCUACAUAACGACGACGCAGCGACCUCGUUCAUCAUUACCACCCGCUCAACCAUCUCAGUGUCCAACUGCACUCCUCGACCACCCGCUCGUCUCCCCACCACCGCCUUGCAAUGUCUCCGCUCGCUAGGACUUCCCCCGCCGCCUUCCGCGCCGCUCUCAAGCGCGCUCCCAGGCAGACGCGGAGCUUCGGUCUGCACCACACGAACGAGCACACCACGCACCAGAACAUGCCGUUCACGUACGAUAACCGGCGGAAGUUCGCAACGCGCUAUGCGGGCGCGGCGGUCACCUUCUUCGCGGUGCCGUUCAUUGCCGCGGGCUACCAGAUGCGCAAGUCUGGCGGCGCGGCUUGAACACAUGAUUACCGACUACUGCGAGUGUACGUUGAGACAGAGGCCGCGGGUAUGAGCUGGCUUGGACGUUGAGGACACCGGCGAACGACGAACGAUUUGGAUCCUGCUGUGUAUCAUAGACUUAGCUUCGUUUCGACUUGUACAUCGUGCUUUUCCCCGAAACUUGGUUCAUGACCGUUGUGAUCUGUUGUGAUCGUAGCUAAUCUAAUUGGCGGCUUGUGGUUCGUCGCCACUUUGAGGUGCAAUCACAUCCGUCGCAUUGGUAC